CCAUCAGUCAUCUGUCAUCAGUCAUCAGUUUUCAGCAAUCGGCCGACAAGCCUUCGCAGGAGACAACAUCGACACCACACAUCGAUCGCAUUCACUUUAGGUGAAAUUGCUACAACCACCUUAUUCUUAUGGACCAUUGACCUUCUUACCUUUUUAUCUACUAUACUAGCAUACAUGUGGCCUUCUACAUACAUACAUGACAACUUUUUUACCUCUAUUACGUAGUCAAUUUAAUAUUUAACAAAAGAGAUUUAGCUUUAACUACGACUGUGACUAUAACUGAAACUGACUAGCAAUACUACAACGACGAACUCUCGAGUUAUCACCAUUAGUUGCAUUUAGCAUAAGUUACGCUGCGCAGCGGACAAGUACACAUGAAUGAUGGGCUCAUCAGCGGAGUGCGGCGCAUUGACUUACAUACACAUCAGAGUGGUAAACAUUUAUGCAUUAUUUGAGGAUCAGUUAUAUGUUGUUUUAUCCUGUUAACCAAUGAGAGACGAGGAGCCCUCAAUGCGAUGCGUUCGACAGCCUCGUCGCCAACCAGUUCUACCUCAGCGCCGCCGUCGCCUCCCACAGCCAUGACGUCGCCGAACUCAUCGCUCGGAUCAAUGGUGGGCAAUGUAAAUAACGGUGUGGGCCCUUUCAACCUGCAUGCAUCACCGCCCCGCCCGGCUAGCGGGGGCAACACUGGGGUGGCAACUGCCAGCAGUAACAACAACAAUAAUAGUACGCCACAACUGCCUUUACGUAUGCCCCCUCCCACCAGCGGCGGCAUUAACGAACCUCAGGAAUGCCCCUACUGCCGGCGAACCUUCUCCUGUUACUAUUCCUUGAAGCGGCACUUUCAGGAUAAACAUGAACAAUCGGACACGCUCUACGUGUGUGAAUUCUGCAACAGACGCUAUCGCACCAAAAACUCCCUGACCACGCACAAGAGUCUGCAGCACCGUGGUUCCAGUGGCAUGCUGAAGCGACUGCUCAAAACCUCAAUGAAGAAUGUGCUGGUGCCGCCACCGCACCAUCACCACCACCAUCCUCAUCAUCAUCCGCACGCCAUCACGCACCAGCGUACCUCGCUCUUUGACUUCAGCAGUGAGCUGGGUCAACCACCACCAGGCAUCCAAUAGGAUCUAUUGUGGAAUGCCAUAUUUUAGAGAAUCAUCCCAUGUCAAUUCCACCCACCACCCACACCAAUUACCAACAACUACAACUGCAACAAUUGUAGUCCGUCGUGCAAUAUUUUAAAAGCCAUCAAAAGUGACCGCGAUCUGCUCAGAACAAACAGCCGCGCCAUAGCUUCCGUUCCCUCCGAAUGAGAGCACCUUCAAAAUUAACUCUUCUAAUUGUACAUACACACACACAAACAUAUAAACCUAGAGCACUCGUUUAAGUUAUCGAUCAGGUUUUCAGGUUGCUAUCAUAGCAACAAACACACCAAGUACCCUGUUCCCCAGCAUACAUACAUACGUACAUACAUACAUGCAUACUUACUCAACUUUUAGAUUGUACUUUAUUUUUUAACAAAUAUUGUAGUCCAGUACUCCAGUGUUGUACUGUAUUAUCGUUUAUUUGUAUAAGCCCCCCCUAAGCGUUAAGUUAUGAUCUUCGUUUACUCUAAGUUUGUUCGCGCGGGCGUUCGUUCGUUCGUUCGUUUGAUCGCUCGUACCACUAACCUUACUACUAACUUAGUCUCUACUAAAACAAACCAGAGUAACAGUUUGUAUCUAAUCUAUUAUAUAGUUUACUUACCACGCCAAGGCGGCCACCUCCAAUGGCCAAAAGUAUUGGCUUAAAAAGGAAGAGAAUUAAGGACUUUUUCAGUUAGUUUAUGUUAAAACCAAACGAAAAGAGAAACGGUGAUAUCUCAAGCGAGACGAGGGGGAUAAUAGCUGAGGCCAGCUGUUGUUCCUGGUGUGGCUGUGUGUGUGAUGUAAAACAUAUCACUGCGUAUACGCAACAUUUAGAAAUUCAACAGUCAUACGUACCACAGUACAUCUGUAAGCGAUGUGGAUGCUCAAGCCACACACACGCACACACUCACACAGGCACACACACUGCGCCUGCUGCUUGCAUUACGCACCGUUUGCCUUUUCAUUUAUUUCGAUUUUUUUAACAUUUAUAACUUUGUAUAUAAACAAUCAAAUACACACAUACACACACCUACCCCCAGGCAUAUGACAAAUGCUGAAUUCUCUAAAAACAAAAUAAGGCAUAUCCAUAAGCAGAUUCAAACUCGAGACUUCGAAGCAGAAGAGAGAGAGAGAAAGAAGAAAAAACAAAACACACAAAUAGAAAAAAAGAGAAACUAGAAUUUUUACUUAAUUUUUAAGCUACAAAAGAAAACAACAACAACCAUAAUACAAAAGUAUAAUUACUUCAGGGAAAUGCAUACACGCAUACUUAUCAUCGUGUACAUGUGUGUACGUCUAUUAAAACACAACAAAACAAAUUUAUAUACAAAAACAAAAAAAAAAUAUUUUUAGAUACAAGGAAAAAGAAAACAAAAACAAAACACAAGCUCAGUGAUUUUCACCAGUGAAGUACAAAUACGAAGCAAAAACAAAAUCAACAAAAAAUUACAAGCAUACAACAUAUUUUGAAUGAAAUCUAUACAAAAGCGAAAACAAAAAAAUUAAACAUACAAAGCAAAAGCUUAAGGAUGAAUCCUCUCCCUCAUCCUCCCCCCCUUCCCUACUUUGUAAAUAGAAACGAUAAUUCACUGAUUCGAUUGUUUGUUAUUCAAUGAAAGCAACGUAUUUUUUAGAUUUAAAAAAUCUUACAAGCCCACCCCCGCCCACAACGUAUCACAAUCACACAAACACAUACACAUAAUUACACACCGACGCCAAACAUACGGAACAGGUAGCAUAAACAGAACGUUUUUGUCACUGUCACCCCAGCAAAUCGUCACGACUCUCAAUCUUCCCCUGUCCCCUGACCCCUGUCUGCCAGCUCAGGCAGGAGCUCAACAUUCAUUAAGCCUAUCUCUAUCAAAAUAAUUAAUUAGAUAACAAAAACAAAACGUAAAAGAAAAAGAAAAAGGAAGAAUAGUUUGGAAACAGGCUCUUCUUAUAUGCACAUAUCUGUAAAAUGUCUCAGGAAUUUUUCAAUUUAUAUACAACGUACAUUUAUACAUACAUACAUACAAAUAGUACAUAAGUACCAGUAAAGGAAGUUGUGUGCGUGCGUGCGUGUCUCUCUUUGCAAUGCUCACAGCACAUCUGCAGCAUUUCACAGAGACACAUCCAGCCACACUCACAAAUGCAUGCAUACAUACAUGCAAACAUAUUUAUAAUGUAGCAAAGAAGAAAUACGACAGAAAACCAAUAUCAAAACGAACUCCAGUAGGAUAAGCACAAAUGUCCAUCCCCUUAAAAUCUACAGACUUGAAGAUCACAUUAGAUUUACCAUGUCACUCAAUGCCUCCCACGAGCUCACGGUAGGGAGAGAGAGAGAGAGAGCGACGGCAACGUGGUCUAUACACAAACUCUGUCUGGCAAGAUGGACAUUUCGCCCGGUGUUACCUCAUAGAUUUACAUACAGAUAUACACUUAGAUAAUACAACCAAGCAAAAGUCCUGCCGCAGUGCCCGAGUAUGUCCAGCACGGGUUAAAUUAGGCAGGGCCCAGCGUUGAUACCUCAUAUCUUUAAGAACGGGGCGGUGAAACGGUGCUCACCCCACAACUUCGACUGCUGGCUAUUGAGCAGUUGGUGGGGAUGAGUUUAUUGCGCGCGUCUAUUGUCCAGUAACCCACAAACACAUACUUACAUACAUACAACAUAUCCAGCAUAUUUGUAUGACUUGAUAUACCUCGUAGCUUUUAGUUUAAGAUGGUCUCUCCCCGCCCCAAGCCCCCUUUUUAUUAUUACAUCGUUUAAUUAUUAUGAUUAUUAUUAAAAUAACACUUAUAAUUAUUAUUAUCUUAUUAUUAGUUCUUUAGGUUUUUGAUUUAAUGGUAUAUUUCGUUGAAAAGAGAAUAAAAACAAACUUCAAACUGUGAUCUUUAUUUUCAAAUAGCACAUAUUUACAUAUAUGACUAAAUUUAUGUUUGGCUGUUAACUACUUUUAUAUUGUAAAGACCUAUCCAUCGCUCCAUCUACCCGUCCAUCCCUAAAUGUACACCACCCACAAGCCCAUUCCCAUUCUCCUCCCUUAUUUACUAUAUUUAGUAAUGAUUUUUAUGAUUUUUCAAAAUUUUAUGUUUCGAAAUAAAUGUGUAAACAAAUGAAAAACUGACUUUCGCUACUUUGGACGACAUCUUGAACAUUCAAUCCAAACGAAAAGAAAAACGCCCGGUCGCCGUUACCGCCUCCCCCACCACCAAUAAUAUCUGUUCCAAUUGAACACAUAUCCCCUGCGAUCGCAUACGCACACAAACACCAACUGACUAACACUCAUACGGAUGUAUACCAUAUAACACAAAUCAAAGGACCACCCAUGGACAUGCAGGCACCUCAUGUUGUUAAUAGUAAAACCCGAAAACCAAAAAAAAAAAACACACACACACACACGCAAAAGACUCAAGCUGUUCAAGCGGGAAGCGUUCAACUUAACGCACAAGUCUUUUCCCAUCCAAGACAAUAAACAGCGCCAGCGCUCGUGGACACUCACACAGCACACAUCCAGCAGGAUCUACAAUCUAACAGAACGUAUUCCCAUCAAACCUAUGUAGUUAAUAGAUGUAUGAAUAAAAAUUAAAAUUUAAACAAAACAAAAGAAAAGAAAAAAAUUAACAGAAAACACAAAAAGAAAAAAUGUUUCAUUUUUGUUGGAAUGAUCGACUGAUCGACGAGGACAAAAACGGAAAUUUGAUUUUUCGUUGUAUUUUCCACAGAUCUGUAUGUAUUAUUGUUGUUACUUGGAAGUCUGCGGCAAACAGAUGAUAAAAUAAAAAAACAAAAACAAAAAGAAAAACACGAACCAUGAAUAAAAAGUCUCAGUAAGUUUUUUUUUUUUCAACAAUGCAACGCAUAUCAAAGAAAUUUUAAUAAAAUUAACCAACUUCCAAAUUGUAUUGGUAAUCAUUAAAGCCAAAACACACAAAAAUACCCUUACAUACAUACCAACAUAUAUAUAUAUAUAUAUAUAUAUAUAUACAUAUGUGUAUACACAAACACACACGGAAACACAUACACGCAAAUCUUUAGGUAAAUAAUUUAUAAAAUGAACAAAGUCUUUAGCCAAAAUUACGAAAUUUUUAACUUUUAACUUUUAACUCUUAGACGUACUCAACUUUUUAUUUCGGAAUUUUUUAAACCAAAAUCUGUGAUUUAAAACAAAAUUUAAAUUUUUAUUAUUACUCGUAUGUAUAAAUAGAGAAUUAAUCUAUCGAACCGACACCGAUGUUACUGAAGCAGCCAACACCCCCCCCCACACACACACACACAGACACACACACAAACAAGCCAUUUAAAUGCUAAGUUCACUUGUAGCAAGUACUCCAAGAUGUCAUAGAGCAUGUGCAAGAGAACUCCUUAAUCUCCAGCUCGCUGUCCAGCUCCCCUUACCUUCUCCGCCCUUUUGUUCUUCGUACAAAUUUUACGAUCAAUGUUUCUUAGUGGAGCACAAUUCCAUUCUCCAUAUUCUAUGUCCCAUAGUUUUUUCAAGGACAUUAUACGCCCACACACUAUGUCUUGGCAAAUAAGAGUACGCACUUCCCACGACCCCCUCCCAAAAAGAAACCAAUAAAAGUUAAUUUUAAAUUAAUCAUCUAUUGACAAAAGUCCGAAUUUACUACAAACAAAAUAAAAACGAAGCGAAAAAACACAUGAAUGAAAAUAGUAAUAAAAAUUCGUUUAAUAAGUGAUCUAAUGAAUUACAAACACAUAUACACACAUAUUUACAUGCAUACAUACACCCAUACAAAGAAAGAAAGAAACAAGCAAACAUAAUUAUUAAAUUAAUUAAUGAAUUAUUCUAAUGUAAAUGUUAACUCUUAAUAAUUGACCUAUGACGGAUGCCCGCCUACUCAAUGCGGUGGUCAUCAUCGCCACCGCCACCUUUGGGAGACGAGAAAAGCAUUUCCGCAUUUACUUCACGCUCAGAUGUAAGAAAAUGCAAUGCAUCAUUUUUUUCAAUAAUUAUAAAUCAAUUGCAUGUAUACAGAAGAGAAUAAAUUGAAACAGAAACAAAACAAAGUAAAAAAACCGCAAUUCAAAAUUAAAAGAAA